CAUAAUGUGAAAACUAACAAGGAUGGAUGGCAGUUGUGGUAAUUAGAGUGAGAAAGUAAGGGCAAAUAAGUGAAGUGGUCAACAACAGAAUCAAAUCAAAUUAUAGUGAAAACAAAAUCAGGUUCGGACCUUCGCCGGACCCCCAAAAGGGGCAAAAAAACUCUCUCCCCCAAAUUCCAUUUCUCCACCCCCUCCACUUUAAUCCCCAUCCCGCUAAACCAAACGCCACACAUAUAUACAUACAUAUAUAUGUAUGUAUAUAUAUAUAUAUAUACAUAUAUAAGCGAAUCUUAUUCAAUUCUCGGAGGUCCCCUGUUAUUCCAUGUUCUCUGUGUUUUUGGCCACAGAGAAAGAAUUGAGUGAAGUGCCCAUGUUGGAUUUAGAGAUUCGAUUAAUCGGUUAUUUGUGAGAGUGCGAUUGUUGAUAGUUGCUUAAGGCGUGAUUAAGUUAAAAGGGUCUUCGGAAAACAGAGGACCCUUGAUCCAAUUUGGGAUCCAAGCGGUGGGUCGUUAGCGUUUUCUUGGAGUUUAGUUACCCAUACAAUGCCAGCUGUGCAGAAGCUUUACAACGCGUGUAAAGCAUCGCUUACACCUAACGGACCCAUUUCCGAAGAAGGUCUAGAAAAAGUCCGCAAUCUGUUAGAGAAAAUCAAACCUUCUGAUGUAGGCCUCGAGCAAGACGCCCAAUUAGUACGGAACUGGCGGGGCUCCGUAACUGAACGCAAUGUGGGUCAACGAUCACUCCCCAUAAUUAAAUACCUGCAUUUGCACGAGUGUGACAGCUUCUCCAUGGGAAUAUUUUGCAUGCCACCUUCAUCAGUCAUUCCACUUCAUAAUCAUCCCGGGAUGACAGUGCUGAGUAAGCUUCUGUAUGGUUCGUUAAACGUAAAAUCCUACGACUGGAUCGACAUGCCUGGUCCUUCUGAUCCUUCUCAAGGAGCAAGGCCGGCAAAGAUCAUAAGAGAUUGCGAAAUGUUGGCCCCGUGUGGUACGACAGUUCUUUAUCCAACUAGUGGAGGUAACAUCCAUUGUUUCAAGGCCAUAACUCCUUGCGCUAUAUUCGACAUUCUUUCUCCACCUUACUCCUCCGAGGAUGGGCGGCAUUGCACUUAUUUUAGAAGGUCGCCAGCCGGAGAUCUACCAGGUUCUAUUGAGGUGGAUGGAGUAACGAUAUCUGAAGUAUCUUGGUUAGAAGAGUUUCAACCUCCGGAUAACUUUGUGAUAAGGAGAGGACAGUACAAGGGCCGUGUUAUUAAAACAUAGAAAAAAUAAUUAAUUUUUUUUUUUUGGAUUUCGUAUUUGUCUGGGUGUUAUGGACUUUGUUGUCAGAAGUAAUUUCUUCAACUUCAAUAUAUGUCUCGACUGUUAUUGACGAUGAAAUUUUCGUUGUUAGCAGAAGAAAUUAGACUUUGAGCUGUACAUAAUUGAGGUAUUAUAUAUUAUUAUUCAUUAUUAACUUGACUCUAUAAAUUAGCUGUGAGACAUUCUUGUUACUGAGAUCAUCGAAGUUUUGGUUUUUUU